AUGACUUCCACCGAAGUACUGCCCAAGGAACUUCCAAAGUCUGAAGGGUCUCCCGCACCAAAAAAAGAGCUGACCAAAGAAGAAAAAGAGAAGCAAGAGCGUUCCCUUCGUCCCUACUGGUACCCUUCUGAAGUGGGCGAACAGAACCCCGAGCUUCCAAAAAUAUUAAGUAACGUCACAAGGUACUCUCCAUUGACCACUUUAAUCGAUUUGAUAGUCAAAAUUACUAUCGCCCUUCUAUUGUGUGGAUUAGGGUAUUUGGCUCUUCACCAACUUUACUCUGUUUACAACCCACAAUACCCUCUUUUUUCGCAAGAAAACAAUACUUUCCUCUACGCAGCUGCUGGAGCCAUUUUCUUGGUAUUCGCAGUCACUGUGUGGUACUUCUCAGCAAGAGACCCAGACAUAUUCCUAGUAGGGUUUGCAACUGCAACUCCACCAAAGGAAUACCGAGUCACCCAAAAAGAGUUUGCGCAAUAUACCCACGAUAUUAAAGUGUUUAACCCCGAGUCACUUGCUUUUCUUGAGAGAAUGAUACCACGGACUGGUCUUGGUGAUGAAACCGCUCUGCCCCACGCCUUUAAGUCAAUCCCCCCUGAUGACUCAUACAAGGAAGGGCGUGAUGAGUUGGAAGUUUCAAUAAGACUUGCAUGUGAUGAAUUAUUUAAAGCUAACAAGAUUGACCCGACGAAGGACAUCGACUUCAUCGUUUCGAAUUGCUCAAUGUUUGCCCCGACCCCAUCUUUAGCUGCCAUGAUAAUGAACAUUUAUAAAGUUAAAACCACGUGCAAGAACUAUUCACUUGGUGGAAUGGGGUGUAGUGCUGGGUUGAUCUCAUUGGACCUUGCUCGAGAUAUAUUGAGGUGUUACAAGAACGUCAACGUGUUGGUGUAUUCUACCGAGAACAUCACACGAGGGUGGUACGGUGGACAGGUCAGAGGAAAAUUGUUGUCCGACACGUUGUUCAGAAUGGGAGGAGCAGCCAUUCUCCUCUCUAACAAGCCCAAAUACCGAUUCAGCGCACCUUACAAAUUGAUGACCACAGUCAGAAUUAGUCAUUGUAAAUUCGAUGACGCUUACCACUCAAUUUUCCAAGACGAGGAUGACCAAGGUAUUGUUGGUACUAAAAUCGGAAGAGAAUUAUUCAAAUGUGUCUCACGGGCAUUGUUGAGCAAUUUGAACGUUUUAAUGCCACAGGUGAUGAGUUGGAGAGAUAUACUGAGGUACGCUUAUGACUUACUUUUACAUAAAAUUGGGAAGAGAGGCAAGCAGGAUAUGUUCAAACCUAAUUUCAGAGAAACAUUCCAAGGAUUUUGUAUCCACGCUGGCGGAAGAGCAAUUAUCGACGGAUUACAAGAGAACAUGGAACUGACCGAUGAAGAUUGUUACCCAUCAAGAGCAGCACUCUACAGGUUUGGAAACACUUCUUCGAGCUCGGUGUGGUACGAGUUCAAGUUCAUGGAACGAGUCCAAACUCUUAAGAAAGGAGACACCGUCCUCCAAAUCGGGUUUGGCUCUGGACUUAAAUGCAAUUCCGUCGUAUGGAAGAAGAUCAAUUAA